AUGGGCUCAUCAAGUAAACAGGAAGUCUACGUGACAGUAUCUGCCCUCGAGGCAGGACAACUCACUCUGCCUGAGCGUCUGUUCAUCACCGACGCCGAUCCCGAGAAGAGAGCCACCGUUCCUUCUUUGUCGUUUCUGAUACAGCACUCUUGUCCAGAUGGCAAAGUUACCAAGUUCGUCUUUGACCUGGGGCUCAAGCGUGAUCUAUCGAAAUACCCGCCCGCACAACAAGCACAUAUUGCCAACCGUCAACCCACCAUCCUCCAUCCAGACUGCGCCGACAGUCUGCGCGCAGGCGGCCUCGACCCGGCCAAGGAUAUUGACAUUGUCAUGUUAUCCCACGUCCACUGGGACCAUGAGGGCACUCCGGACGAUUUCCCCAACUCUCAGUUCGUCGUUGGCUCGGGCACACUGCACUUACUGAAGAAUGGAGCGCCGCCUCACUAUCCAAAGGAGAUCUUCAAUCCAGAUCUGCUACCCAGGGAUCGCACGUCCGAGCUACCGCCAACGAGCAACGAAAGUACCACCGCUGCGAAGUCACAGACGAAACAUACAUGGCAACCCUUCGCAGGAUUCCCUCACACAGUCGACUUCUUUGGCGACGGCAGCUUAUACGUUGUCGACUCUCCAGGACAUUUGUUUGGACACGUCAACCUUCUCGCACGUCUCAGUCACACGAAAUGGGUAUACUUGGGUGGUGAUUGUUGUCAUGAUCCGCGCAUCUUGACGGGUGAAAAAGACAUUGCACUAUAUGAUGACGGACACGGCGGGUUGAGGUCCGUACAUGUGGAUACGGAGAAAGCCAAGGCUACUCUGGCAAAGAUUGGACCGUUACUAAAGAAGCCGUGUCCCGUGUUUGAAACCGCAGCGAACGGAGAGCAAGUGGAGGUGGAGGUGAUUGUUGCCCAUGAUAAGGGGUGGCGGGAGGGGAAUAAGAACAGGUUCUUCCCUGGAACUCUGUAA